AUGUCGAACAAUACAAAAACGUGCGUUUGUGGAAAAGUCCGUGGAAAUUUGAAUCUUACUAACUGGCAAAGACAUAUAGACAAUUGUAAAGCGAGAAAAACAGUAAAAUCUUCUCGGUCUAUAGCUUCUUUUUUUACUAUUUCUAAAAAGAAUCAAUUGGAAGAAGAGAAACUUGCUUUUUCUUGUUCAAAUGGUAAGUAAUGAGUUGAGUCAUUAUUUAUAAAUAUUAUAAUCGGUGGUAUAAUAAACAUAAGUAAUAUUAUUAAUUUAUUAGACUUGAAUUUGUUUAUACAUUAUGUGAUUUUAAUUUACAAAAUAUAAUUUAUAAUAUUGGUUAAUAAGGUUUUUCUACCCCAAUGGCUUUGUUUUAUAGCUUUUGUGGAUGAGUAAUUUUUGUAUUUCGUCACCAAAUAAAUGAAAUGCCGCACCAUUGAUAUAGGUAGAUUCGAUCUAUAUUAUAUUUAAAUUACCAAAAUUAUCUUGGGUAAUUAUCUUAAAUCAAAUAAUUUCAUUUUUUUUUUUUUAAUUGAAGAACAUUUGUUAUUUAAAAAACGAUUGAUCUUUUUGAAAAUAGUUUCUCACAUAAUUUUUAGCUAUUUUUUAUAUUUAAUAUUUAAUUACAAAAAUAACUAAAAUGAUUUUAACUACAUUUUUUUUUUUUUUUUGCAAUAACUAGUUGAACCUCCAGAUUUUAAUAUUAACAUUGAAAAAUGUGACAUAAUGAUAAAUGUAAAUGAACAACAUCAGUCUAAUUAUAAUGAAUCAGAUACAUUUGCAAGUAAUCUAUUUUUAUACAUACCUAUGCUUAUUCCAUAUUUUAUAAUUACAGAAAUUAGAUGAAAUAACUUUUUUUAUUAAUCUUAGUUGAAUGGGAGGAUGUCGUUGGUCAAGAAAUAUCUUAA